GCACUGCAACAACUUCUUUCCUUCCAUUGCACAGCAGCGAACACAGCAUCAACUCAAUUGGAAAAACAAUCUGAGCAAGAAGCACAAUGGCAUCUAAGAUUGUUCGCAUUACCAUGUUCAAGCUACCUCUCAAGGAGGACCAGCAGAAACUCCUGGGCUUCUACAAAACGUUGAGCGAGACUGCUACCAAGGGUGGUAAGCCGUAUAUUCUGUCUUUGGCGGCGGGCCCGGCGUAUGAGGAUGUGCGAUCGCAGGGCUUCACAUUGGUUGCGAGGUCCGAGUUUAAGGAUAUGGAGGAUAUGAAGUAUUAUGAUGAUGGGUGCGAGGCGCAUGCGGAGUUGAAGAAAGGUGCUAAGACUUUGGGUGUUGAGGGGGUUAUGACUGUUUACUACACCCCAGAAGUCGUCAAGGGCUAGACACAAGAUCCUGAUUGAUACAAGCUUCAAUGGCAGAUAAGAUUCAGAUUAAGGGCAUACAUACGGGUUGGGCUUUGUCUCAGCAAACGGACUGGUGUGGUCAGACAAAGCAAGACAGCGGUACUCAACACGCUUGGACUUUAAGCAAGAAUAUACAUUGAAUCACUUCAAAUUCAGCGAUUGAUAUUUUGCUAGUUUCAUAUAUAUAAGCUUUUUCUCCACCAU